CCUGUUUCUGGCCUAAGCAGAAACCCCUGGUGCUGCCCUUGCCCUCUCUAUAUCAGCAGACUUCUGUGGAUUGCCCUGCAGAAUGCACCUAGCGCUAGGAGACUAGCGACCCUUCAAACCUUCAUGUAAACUUUUGGUGCACGUCCAGUCGCCUCUUCCUGUUUCUUUGUCCUUACUCUGCACACCUUGUUGUCCAGGAAACCUCCGCUCUAGGGAUGAAUACAGAAAUAUCUGCACUCCCCUCGGAACUUCCACUGUCUCUUCUCUCAACUCAGAAGAUAAUCAAUCUAAAGGCCCUGAUCAAUCCCUCAUCUCUAAUCGCGCCCUCCUGCUUCUUGCUGUUUGUCUGUGGAAACGGUUAGGUCUCGCACCCAUCACAAAAGGUAGAAGAUGAACAAGCCCCUGACCCCAUCCACAUACGUGCGCAGCCUCAAUGUUGGACUCAUUAGGAAGCUGUCGGAUUUUAUUGAUCCUCAAGAAGGAUGGAAGAAAUUAGCAGUAGCUAUUAAAAAGCCGUCUGGUGAUGAUAGAUACAAUCAGCUUCACAUAAGGAGAUUCGAAGCCUUACUCCAAACUGGGAAAAGCCCCACGUGUGAGCUGCUGUUUGACUGGGGCACCACAAACUGCACAGUCGGGGACCUUGUGGAUCUUCUGGUCCGGAUUGAGCUUUUUGCCCCUGCUACUCUCCUGUUGCCGGAUGCUGUUCCCCAAACUGUCAGCAGUAUACCAUCUAGAGAAGCUGCAACCGUGGCACAGACACACGGGCCCUGCCAUGAAACAGUCAGGACAUCGGUGACGCCUACGCCGAGGCUAGAACAGAGCUGUGGGCAGCCUGACUCCUCAAGCUCAGAGGACAACAGUUCAGAAUCCAGCGACACUGGUACCCGUUUCCACAGUUUUUCAUUUUAUGAGUUGAAGAGCAUCACCAAUGACUUCGAUGAGCGACCUGUUUCUGUCGGCGGCAGCAGAAUGGGAGAGGGAGGCUUCGGAGUGGUGUACAAAGGCCACAUGAAGGACACGGCUGUGGCAGUGAAGAAGCUGGGAGCGAUGGUUGAAAUCAGUACUGAGGAACUAAAGCAACAGUUUGAUCAAGAAAUUAAAGUAAUGGCAAAGUGUCAGCACGAGAACCUGGUCGAACUACUUGGCUUCUCAAGCGACAGCGACAACCUGUGCUUAGUGUACGCUUACAUGCCCAAUGGCUCCUUGCUAGACAGACUGUCCUGCUUGGAUGGCACUCCACCCCUUUCUUGGCACAUGAGAUGCAAGAUCGCUCAGGGUGCAGCUAAUGGCAUCCGUUUUCUCCAUGAAAAUCAUCACAUCCAUAGGGAUAUCAAAAGUGCAAAUAUUCUACUAGACAAAGACUUUACUGCCAAAAUAUCUGACUUUGGGCUUGCACGGGCUUCUGCAAAGUUUGCCCAGACAGUCAUGACCAGUCGAAUCGUGGGCACAACGGCUUACAUGGCACCUGAAGCUUUGCGAGGAGAAAUAACGCCCAAAUCGGACAUCUACAGCUUUGGUGUGGUUUUAUUAGAGCUAAUCACCGGACUUGCAGCUGUGGAUGAAAACCGUGAACCUCAAUUACUACUGGAUAUUAAAGAAGAGAUCGAGGACGAAGAGAAGACGAUCGAGGAUUACACGGACGAGAAGAUGGGCGAUGCGGACCCUGCGUCCAUUGAAGCCAUGUACGCUGCAGCUAGCCAGUGUCUGCACGAAAAGAAGAACAAGAGGCCCGACAUUGCGAAGGUUCAACAGUUGCUGCAAGAGAUGCCUGCUAAAAACGAGUGAAAUAGACUACAUAUAAUCUCUAUAUAAUACACUCUAUAAGCGCUCACCCCUCACCUUUUUUUUUUUUUUAACGUCUUAUGGUCCUGGAGACUGAA